AUGACGACUUCGGAGGGGCAGAAACAAUUCACCAUUGUGGUUAAAAUAGGAUCGUCAUCCUUGGUUGAUGCUGCCACCAGGGAACCUAGAAUUGCCAAUAUGGCGCUCAUUGUCGAAACCAUCACCAAGCUUCGUCGACAAGGACACAAGAUCAUCAUAGUUUCUUCCGGGGCCAUCGCCUUCGGUAUGAAAGUCAUGAAAUUAGAAGCAAAGCCUUCUAAGCUAUCUGCAGUACAGGCACUUGCUUCAAUUGGCCAGGGUAAGUUGAUAGGGUUGUUCAAUGAUUUAUUCCGUCAAAUGGAUCAGACCACAGCACAAAUAUUGAUCACGAGGAAUGAUAUCGUAGACUAUACUCAAUACAAGAAUGCCAAGAAUACAAUCAAUGAAUUGUUGGAAAUGGGGGUAAUUCCAAUCGUCAAUGAAAAUGAUACGUUAUCAGUUUCCGAAAUCAAAUUUGGUGAUAACGACACAUUAUCUGCUAUAACUGCAGGUAUGAUCCAUGCCGACUACUUGUUUCUCAUGACAGAUGUUGAAUGUUUAUACACAGAUAACCCAAGGACGAACCCAGAUGCAGAACCUAUUUUGGUGGUCGACAAUAUUGACGAUUUGAGUGUGAGUACCAAUGAUGAUGCGGGAGCCGGCUCCAAUGUGGGUACAGGUGGAAUGACCACCAAGUUGAUUGCUGCAGGAUUAGCUACGAAUGUUGGUGUUACCACAAUUAUCACUUUGUCAACUCAACCUCACUAUAUUCUCGAUAUCGUUGCUCACAUACAAUCCCAAAAGGAAGGAUUGAGUAUCAUAGAGCAAAGAAAAAUAUUGCAAAAGGAUAUUCAAAACAAGACUAUUCCAUUACAUACCAGAUUCCUCGCUUUACCUCAAGAUACCCAAAUUAAAUCAGAUAGGAGGUUUUGGAUCCUUCAUGGACUAAAGACGAAGGGUGCGUUGAUCAUAGAUGAAGGGUGCUUUGUUGCGCUUACAAGAAGAGAUAGAGCAGGGCUCUUACCAGCAGGAAUCAUCGACGUGGUGGGAAACUUUCAUGAAAACGAAUGUGUAGCAAUAAAGGUUGUCGCUGAUAGAACUAAGUUAUCCGAACAAGACAUGGUAGAGGUAGGACAUUGCCGUGUUAAUUACACUGCCAAUGAGAUAAGACUAAUCAAAGGUCACAAAAGUAAUCAGAUAGAAUCCAUCUUAGGGUACGCUGAUAGUGAAUAUGUUGCCCAUAGAGACAACUUGGCAUUUCCUCCUGUGACCCCUUCGUCAAACUAA